AUGGCUCAAAUGUUGAGCUUCAUGAAGGAAAUUAAGGAUGAACAGGAAAGAGCUAGGGAAGCUCGGAAUCGGUAUGAGGAGAUGCCAAACGAUGGCAAUCCACUGUUAGGAUAUGUUCGAGGCUUUGACCCUCAUAAGUCAAACACCCACUCGUCAAAGAGAGUUACCAAAACCCAUGAAGAGGGAGAAGCUUCCCAUGAAGGAUUCAUUCCCGCCACUCAGAAAGAGGGGGCGCCUCGCACUGUUCGCAUCCCUGCUAACAAUCCACCUAAGGAUGAGGAUUAUGUGGACUUACAAUAUGGGGAGGUAGACGAGCCGGAUCAGGAGUCCCAACAUAAGCAAACCCAAGCUGAUUCUGAGGAAAGCGCUAGAAAUAGCGGACAAAUCAAGGCGCUGGAAGAAAGGCUGAAGGCAGUAGAAGGAUACGAUAAAUACAAGGGACUUACGUGUCCUAGAAGUCAUCUACGCAUGUAUGUCAGGAAGAUGGCUGCUUACGCCAAUGAUCAAAAACUAAUGAUGCAUUUCUUCCAAGACAGCCUGAGUGGGGCAUCUGUUGAAUGGCCUAUGCCACCCCCAAUUCCCAGAAAAGCUGCACCCAAUUUCAGGGCUAAUGAAAGGUGUGAAUUUCACGCCAACUCUCCUGGACAUACAUUGGAAAAGUGUUGGGCUUUUAGGCACAAGGUUCAAGACCUAAUAGAAUCAGGGGCUAUUGCUUUUGACAAACCUAACGUAAAGACAAACCCUAUGCCUCGCCAUGAUGGCACAGUCAACGCAAUAGAGGUAGUCACUGAGCAAGAGUUUGUUCAACAACGGAGCUCCCUCAUAGAUGCCCUUAAGAGGUAUCUACUUGCAAAGGGGUUCAUCCUCGAACAUAACGAAGCCUUUAAGACAACCCUGCAAAGACUGGUGGAUCAAGGGGUAGUUCGGUUUAAGGAAUAUCCUGAGGAAGAGUAUGUGGCUAUGCUAGACAGGAAUGAACCAUUGAUGAUACCUAGGCAAGGAGCAAGGAAGACAUUAAUCAUCCCUUGCGCCAAAGCACCAUUGCUGAUACCCACACAAGUACACACUAGGAUCAUCCCGGUCAGAGACCCAUACCCUAUGGACAAAAUGAAAGCAGUCCCUUGGGAAUAUGAGUCUAUUACUAGUACCGACGUGACAAACAUCGUUGGGCCUGGGGGCAUGACUCGUAGUGGUCGCAUAUUCAAUACUGCAAAACCAAAUGAGAACCUGGCACAAGCAAGUGAUCAAACUACUGUGGUCCCUACUGAAAAAAGCACAUCCAAAGACAAAGAGACCACUAACAAAGAUGCUGAAGAGUUCUUGGCAUUGAUCAAGAAAAGUGAUUAUAAGGUGGUGGACCAGUUGCACCAAACUCCGUCCAGGAUAUCACUCCUCUCGCUUGAACACGAGUUGCCCUCACAAGGAAAAGAGCAUAACAAAGCCCUGCAUAUCUUCAUACAAUGUGGGAAAGCUCAUCUGUCUAGAGUACUGAUCGACACAGGGUCAUCAUUAAACGUGAUGCCAAAGGCCACCUUAGACAAGAUAGAUUUGGAAGGACUAGUAAUAAGACCAAACCGUCUUGUAGUCAAAGCCUUCGAUGGGUCGCAAAGCCCGGUGUUUGGAGAGGUGGACCUCCCUGUUGUAAUAGGCCCCCACACUUUCUGCAUCAAUUUCCAAGUGAUGGAGAUUGAACCUGCCUAUACAUGUUUAUUGGGACGUCCUUGGAUCCAUGCUGCUGGGGCAGUUACCUCUACUCUGCAUCAAAAGGUAAAAUUUGUGGAUGGAAACUCUAUAGUAACUGUCAAUGGGGAGGAGGACAUAUUUGUCAACAAUCUGGACUCGUACCGAUACAUUGAGGCUGGAGAAAAAGCAUUAGAGACUUCGUUCCAAGCACUAGAGAUCGCAACUGCUGUCACGCUACCAAUUGAGAAAACGCGAAGGGCGGUAACGUCUUGGAGAGACCUGCAAGACACAAAGAUGGAAGGCUGGGGCAAAGUGUAA